AAGGAAUCAUGAUGAUAUUCAAUGUUCAUCAUUAUUGUUGUUUUGUGUUGCCCUGUUCAACCCGUCUCCGUGGGUUGUCGUCCCGGCCGGUCCCACAAUCUCAUUCAUUCUUUACUAAUUUAAUGCUCUUCCCUUCCCUUCCCUUCCCUUCCCUUAUGCUCAUAGAUCCCACUCCCCGCCAUAUCUUCUGGUGUGGUGGAUCAUCUAAUUUUUUAUUUUUUAUUUAGUCCGUGGAGUGGAAGGUUUUGUUGUCUACUUGUUUAUUUUUAGGCUACUCAAUCUCGUGCAAUGUCGGCUUGUUGACUACUUGUCCUUUCUUACUUGGGUUUCAAGUGUCCAGCACCACUUCACCAGGAGACCAGAUUCUUAAUCAGAAAGACUUGUUUCUUUUCAUACUCUGUAACAGACGGAGACAGAAGAUGCUGGCUGUGAAUUGCAGCUCUUCCUCUUCCACUUGUCCUCCUCCUCCUCCAUUGGGCUCCCAUUUAAGCGGACCUGACAAUGGGGUUCUAGUUAACAUGUCACCUACACUUUUCUCCUACUUCAACCCUAUUGUACAGUUGGAUAGGACUUUACCUAACAAGGAUUCCCUUUGUUGUGACUCCGAGGAGGCACAGGGUUGUACUAUCAUCAACUCUUUUGCUUCAACACCAAAGUCUUCCAUGGAGCUGAAGGAGGAGAUAGCCACGCUUGAGCUUGAAAUUAUGCAUUUAGAACGUCAUCUGCUUUCACUAUAUAGAACAGCUUUUCAAGGAUGUGCCUUGCCGAGUACCCCAGAAAGCCAUUUACAAUUUAAGACGGGACACUCCAAAUUGGAGCUGCAAGUGCACAGAGGUGGAGUGGUCCAUCAUGAUCAAACUUCCCCUGCACAUCGCCGGGUCAGCUCAGAUAAUCGGAAUAGUGCCACUAGCAUAAAAGCCUCAUCUAUCUGGGACCGGAAAAUUAAUUCUCGUCAUCGCAGCCUAGCUGAUCAUCUUGGUGAGACUCACAAUGAUAGUACCCUUAAUACUCCGGAUAGACUUUCUGAAGAUAUUGUAAGAUGCAUCUCUUCUAUAUACUGCAAACUUGCCAAUCCCCAAACCCACACAUGCCUCUCAGCGUCGCCUGCUUCCUCCUUGUCCUCCUCAAGUAUAUUUUCUUCUAAGAAUCCUUGUGAUAGUUGGAGUCCACAUUGCAAUGAGGAUGCUACAAUGCAUCAUCAAGGGUUGAAAGAAAACAGUGGACCCUAUGCCACAAUGAUAGAAGUUUUGAAGAUAUGUUUAGACGAUGACAGCUUCAAUUAUGCUGCUAUGAUGCUGCAAAAUUUCAGGUCAUUGGUGAGAAGUCUAGAGAAGGUUGAUGUCCUAAAGAUGAAGCGUGAGGAGAAGCUUGUGUUCUGGAUUAACAUUCACAAUGCCUUGGUGAUGCAUGCAUACCUGGCAUAUGGAACUCACAGCCGUGUGAAAAGUACUUCAAUUUUAAAGGCAGCAUACAAUAUAGGUGGACAUUGCAUAAAUGCGUAUGUCAUACAGAGCUCCAUAUUAGGAAUUCGAGCACACCACUCGGCACGGUGGCUACAAACGUUGUUCCAUUCAGGAAGGAAGUUGAAGACCGGGAGCAUUAGACAUGCAUACGCGUUAGAAUACCCUGAGCCACUAGUCCAUUUUGCUCUAUGUUCAGGGGCGUACUCUGACCCGGCGGUUCGAGCGUACAGAGCGAAGAGCAUAUUUCAGGACCUGAAACUUGCUAAAAAAGAAUUCAUUCAAGCUAAUGUCUAUAUGUACAAGGAGACAAAGCUUUUCCUCCCAAAAAUUCUUUACUACUUUGCAAAAGACAUGUCACUGGGUAUGCUAGGGCUCUUGGAGGAAAUAAAUGAUUGUCUCUCAGACAUUCAAAAGAACGCUAUCAGAAGCUGCGUGGCAGGAAAGCUUGACAAGUACAUACAAUGGCUACCUCAAAGUUCAACCUUUCGGUAUGUAAUCCAUGAGGAAUUAGCCAACGUAAAAUUAACUUUCUAAUUCUUCAGUGUGGUUAGAGAGGAGCAAGGAAGUGUUUGUUUCUGAUAGGAGCCACAAAUAAAGGGCAAAUGUUAAUCUGUACAGAGUUGGAUUGAGGAAAUUAAGUACAGAAUAUUCUUCACCAUCCACUUAAAUUGAAUCACGUUGUUCUAAAUAAAGUUUUCUAAGAA